GUGAACACGACUCUACUUCUCUACAAUUAACUAUAUAUACUUAAAUACUUUCAGCACUCAGUUACAUGUAUUUAGUAUAACUAUGUACCUUAAUUAUUACUGUCUUCGGUUAUGAAUCCCGAUAUAUAAACGAGCAUUUCUAUUCACUCGUGAGAUAAAUCAUUAUUUUAUCAGUCAACUACACUCUGUCCUGGCAGGCAAACGCGCUUGCCGCGAUUGCCAAACACUUAUAAAAUGUCACACACUGUUUUAAGAGGGAAGCCAAACGCUUCUCAACUGUAUCUAGAUGAAGUGUUAAAUGAAAUAUUAGCGGCCAAAGGUGUCGUUUCAGAUGCAAAAGAGCGGGAUAGAUUGAUAUUAGCAGAAAUUGCUUUCCACUGUCUAAAGAAACGACCAAACGCCACAAACAUGAUAAACGGAUCGACUGGAGAAAGUUUCACAAAUGAGCAAAUUCUGAAACGCGCUGUAUCUAUUGCACGUUCUAUAACGGCCAGAGGGGCUGCAGGGAACAAUAUUAUGGUGGUGAUGAGAAACCAUCAAAAUUUAUUUUCAAUCUAUUGGUCACUUCUACUUAGUGGUGCUUUACCUUUCAUGAUGGAUCCCAGCACUACUGUUUAUGAACUCGGUUAUUUUCUUCAAUUACUCGAACCAAGUAUAGUGUUUUGUGACCGAGAAUAUUACAACGACAUAAAAAAAUCUUUAGAUGACUUGCCUGAUCUUAAAACAGAGGUUUACAUUGGCAACGAAGACGACCUCCUAGAGGAUUUUAUAAAUGGGCAUAGUAACGACAUCGACAGUUUUAGGAUUCCCGAAGGGAAUCCAGAGGAUACAAUAUUAUUACUACCCACAAGUGGAUCCACUGGACUACCUAAAGCUGUACCCUUAACGAAUAGGGGAAUAGUUGCUCAUCUACCUACGUCUUGGACGUAUCACACGAAGUUUCCUACGCCAACUAAUCUGGUAAUGGUACUGACGACAGCGCAAUGGAUGACGUUUACCAUGAAAAUCACGACAUGCGCCGUUUACCACAUACCAAUUCUGGUAACUCCCAAGAAAAGAACAGUGGAACAUGUCAUUGAGAUAAUCGAGAACUUCCGGCCGACUUGGACGUUUUUCAAUCCAGCUUUUGCGAAAGGCUUACUGGCGGUCGUCAGGCGCGAACAGAUAGGAUCUUUGGAGACCAUAAUACUCCUCGGAUCUCUUGUUACUCCUGAUUUAGUUAAAGAAUUCAAGGAGAAACUACACCCAGAUACACAUUUAUGUAAUGGAUAUGGGACCACCGAGACACAAGGAUUCAUCGCUGUGACCGACAGAGACGCGGAGGCUAGCUCGAAUGGAUGGGUGUAUAAUAUUUUACAUUACAAGUUGAUCGAUGAUAAUGGCGCUGAAGUGGGUCCAGGGAGUAAUGGCGAACUUUACGUUAAAGGCGAAUGUGUCAUUAAGGGCUAUUACAAAAAUAAAGAAGCCUACAGCGAAUCCUUUGUGGACGAUUGGUACAAAACGGGAGACUGGUUCCAUUUGGAUGAGAACGAACGCCUUCACUUUUUGGAGAGGAGGAAAUUCAAUUUCAAAUUCCGGGGGUGUCACGUGUCUCCGGAAGAAGUUGAAGGUGUCAUCGGUAAAUUACCAGGAGUACACGAGAGCGUGGUGGUGGCAACUGAUAACGGACCUGCUGCAGCUGUAGUCCUCUUACCAGAAUACGACCUUACUAGAGAAUAUAUUAAUAAGGCUUUAGACUCAACACUAAGCGAUCACAAGAGAUUGCACGGAGGCAUUGCAUUCGUGGAUUCAUUGCCGCAUACGCACUCGGGAAAACUAAAGAGAAUGGAAUGCAAGAAGCUCAUAGAAGAACUCUUAAAGGAUGGAAAAUGUUUUUGAUUGAUUUCGACAAAUGAGUAACAAAGUAUUGGAUCCAAAAUCACACGAAUAGUAGCAAUAGUAACGAAAUAGUACUAAGUAAACAAUCCAAUAU